CAUAAUUACUACUCUUCUUUGGAAUAAAGAAAUAUUAAGAUAUUACAACUUUUAGACUAGUAAAAUAAAAUAUAAUAAACAUAAGCGUAAGUCUUCUGUUAAGAAAACUUGUGAGUUUUUUAGAGUCAAAAGUGAGCUUACAAAAAUGCAAUGCCGCGCCUGUAUGCAAAUGAAAUGUGAAGGAGUUGUGGACAUGAGCUGCGCUGUAUCAAUGGAUGGGAAAACUGUGUAUGAUUACUUCAAUGACUGCACGCAACUCGAUGCUAAUUCCACCGAUAAACUUCCGAAUAUGUUGUGCACGAAUUGCGCAAGAAAUCUUCGAAUGGCUUAUAAUUUUAGACAAACAGCUCGCCGUUCAAACGAAGAAUUUAAGAAAGUUCUAUCUACGCAAAGAGAAGAACCAGAAUUGAUUCUUUCAAGCGAUGAGCAAACGCAAGUAUUAGAUUAUUAUCAGGAUGUUGCGGAAAACACAAACGAUCCGUUAGCUGUACCAGAACCAAAGGCUUCCGUUAUUGACACGGCCAUGUCCAUAGAUAUACCUGAGCUAGAUAUAACCGUAGUAGAUAUAAAAACAGAGAUUUUCGAGCAAUUAUGUGAAGAACCAAAUGAAGACCAAAAAGAAGAAGUUUUGAGAAGUGAUUGUGAAGCAUCCUCGCAAGAUGAAUGCGAAAGUGACAACAACGUUUUAAGAAGCAAAGCUGCUCACAUUUGUGAAUUAUGUAAUUUUACAUAUGCAACACAAAAGCAACUGAAAAAUCAUAUUUUUGAGAUGCAUAAAUCUGAAAUCAUCUGUAUGAAAUGUCCCAAGGUUUACGAGUUUCCGAGUGAACUACAGCUACAUGAAUCUCUUGUACAUGGAACAGAAUCGCCGAUGCAGUGCCCAUGGUGCAAUGAAUCUCGAGCCAGAGAAGAAUUGGCAAAACAUUUGCAAAAGAAGCACAGUAAUUCUUACUUAAAAUAUUUCCCGAGGAUGCGAAUACGCGGUCGCGGUGUGGAUGAUAUUGCCUCUUUCCGUUGUGAAGAUUGUGAACAAUACUUCUCGUCUGUUCUCGAGUUAGCCGAUCACAUAAAAGAGCACAAAUUUGAUUGUCCAAUAUGUUCUAUGAGUUUUAAAAAACAUGGUACUUAUAGGGCACACGUAAGACGUAUACAUAAUCACUCUAUAACAAGUUUGAAAGCUAUGAUUGGGUGUAAUGAAGACUUAAGUAAACCAUUUAAAUGCUCUAUAUGUUCAAGACAGUUCAAGUUAAAGAGUUCACAUCAGGAGCAUAUGAAACGUAAACAUAAUCAAAGUAUAGCUCAAUAUACGAAAAAUGAUGAUUAUAAAUUAUAUGAAUGUUCCCUCUGUAAUAUGAGUUUUGGAAGCCCAAAUUCUGUAUAUUACCACAAACGGCGAAAACACGGAAACAUAUCAACAAGUGCUGUAGAUGAUGGAAAUGAUACCAGUUUAGAGAGAGAAAGUAAAGAAGAAACGGAAAACAGCGAAUUAGUUAAAUGCAAAGUCUGCCAUAAGGAAAUAUCGGCAAAUCAAAUAAAAUAUCAUGAAAAACGACAUGCUUAUGCUCUGAAUAAGAAAAGAAAAUUUCUUUGUGCGUUCUGCCCUCGCGAAUAUAAUUCUGAAACUACUGUGAAAUUACAUGAAAAAAAGGUUCAUUUAUGCGAAAAACCCGAACCGAAAGCGUGCCCUAUAUGUCAGAAAAAAGUUGAUCCAAAAUAUUUAAAGCACCAUAUUGAAAACGUUCAUACUGCUGAGCGCAAGUUUGUCUGUGAUGUGUGCGGUGAUUCGUUCAAAAGUUACGUACUUCUUCACAGCCAUAAACGUUUGCAUUUGGAAAGGAAUUUUCCAUGCACCGUGUGUGAGAAAAAGUUCAUACGCUCGUUUGACCUUAAAGUGCACAUGCGUAUUCACACUGGAGAGGAACCAUAUGCUUGCCAUUUAUGUGAUCGGCGUUUUAAAAUCAAAGUUCGGCUCAAUUACCACCUACAACGCCAUGCUGGUAUCAAGCGGAAAUGCAAUGUGUGCGGCAAAGAGUUCAAUCAUGUUAAACAGCUGAAAAUCCAUUCAUACAAACACACUGGUAUGCCCUACAAAUGUUCAGUAUGUGAUUAUGGUUGCGCGCAACGCGAUGUAUUUAGGAAACAUUUAUUGCGAAUGCAUGACAUGACCAUGACGGCUGAUGAAUAUUGCGCGAUGUUCAAGGCGAAUACCGGGCGAAAUCCGCAUGUGAAAACUUUAGAAGAGCUACAACUGGAGGCCCAAAAUAUGGAGCAAGAGGAAUAUUCAAAUUAAUGAUUUAAGAAAAGUUAACAUUUUUUUUUUGUAAAUUAUAGUGGCUGUGUUCAAUGAUUGCAUGCCAGGCUCAAAUACGCUGGGCUCGGAUUGCAGCCGUAAUUACAAAUAAAAUAAAAUUAUAAUUGGAAAAAAAAAACAUAUUCCACUUUUUCGUUGUUACAAAUAUUACAAAACUUGACUACAUACAUUAAUAAUAUAAAUUAAGUUUUCGUAAAACAUAAAUAAAAAUAGUUAAAAUAACCAAA